CAUGUUCCGAUGUUCGUGUUUCCAAGAAUUAUCGAAUUACAGCCUCCCCUCCUCCUCAUGGCAAUAAAUAAUAGUGCGCUGAUAACAAUAGAGUUCUAUACCGACUUUUUCUGUUUUCACUGAAAAUUGCAUCUUCCUUGAUGAAUCAUGCCAUACCGUUUUACCUUUUCCAACAUAUAUAAAAGCUUUGUACUAUCUCUCUGCACCAUAUACUGAUAGACUCGAUCUUUUGCUUACAUACUCAGUCUCUUUUUUUAUUUUUCUUAUGAUGUUCGUGUUAAUAAUGCAAUAGGAGAGGAGGAGAAGAAGUAAGUCAUUGAAUGCUCUGCAUUUUAUCCUCUACUCCCUCCCAUGUUCUGGCCCCAGCCUUAUAACUUCUCAUUCUUCAACGUUAUUUCAAUACUACUACUGAUCAUUCAUACCCACGUAACCAGUUUCUCUUCAUCUUCAAAACACACAGUCACACACUAACUCUGCUGUACUGAGUCCUUCUCUCUAUCAGGGUUCUGUGAGAAUCCUCUGCAUCACCACAUAUAACCGUGUCUUAGUGUUCCAUAUGUACAAAAGAUCUUUUCUUGAAUUUUUGUGGUGAAUUUUCUUUUCUUUCAAUUCCUGUUAUUCUUUUGGCGGAUUUUUUAAGCUUCCAUUUUCUGCUUUCAGGGAUCAUGGGACUGAUGCAAUAGUUUCCAUGUGAUCAUCAUUUGAAAAAAAAAAAAAAAAGUGAAGGAGAGACUGAUUCUUGAAAUUCUUUUUGGGUUAACUGAUGAAGACAGGAGGGAAAAUGUUGAUACGCAGAUGUGUGUUUAUGGCUUUGGUGAUCAGUGGAAUAGCUGCAAGGGUUAUAUACCCUACCGAGGGGCAGCCCCAUCGGAUUCUCUUGGAUACAGACGUUGAUACGGAUGAUUUGUUUGCUCUAUUGUAUCUUUUGAAGCUUAACCGAUCAGAAUUUGAUUUGCAGGCAGUUACCUUAAACACAAAUGCAUGGACUGAUGCAGGACAUGGUGUCAAUCAAGUCUAUGACCUUCUUUACAUGAUGGGACGUGAUGACAUUGGUGUUGGAGUGGGAGGUGAGGGUGGAAUCCUUGAAGAUGGUACCAUACUUGCAAAUGUAGGAGGAUAUCUUCCUCUAAUUGAACAGGGGAUUGGUACAGCUGGAUAUUGUAGAUACAGGCAAGCCAUUCCAGUAGGUCUUGGAGGUCGAUUAGACGUCGAUACGAAUUUUGGCUUUCGCAAAGGUUUUCUCCCGCAGGGCAGAAGAAAAUAUUUACCUCUUCAGCAACCAACCGCUCAGCAAGUAAUGAUUGACAAAAUUUCUGCCGGUCCAACAACUGUCUUUAUAAUUGGAGCCCAUACAAAUUUUGCUAUUUUUCUUAUGAAUAAUCCACAUCUAAAGAGAAAUGUCAAGCAUAUUUACAUCAUGGGUGGUGGUGUGAGAUCAAAGAAUCCAACCGGUUGCUGCCCAAAAAAUGCCAGUUCAUCUUGCCAACCUCGGCAAUGUGGUGACCAGGGCAACUUGUUCACAGACUACACUAGUAAUCCUUAUGCAGAGUUCAACAUGUUUGGAGAUCCCUUUGCAGCUUACCAGGUGAUUCACUCUGGAAUUCCAGUUACUCUUGUUCCAUUAGAUGCCACAAACACCAUACCAAUAAGUCAGGAGUUUUUUGAGACAUUUGAGAGGAAUCAACAUACUUAUGAAGCACAAUACUGCUUCAAGUCCUUGAAAAUGGCUCGUGAUACCUGGUUUGAUGAUCACUUUUUCACGAGUUAUUUUAUGUGGGACUCAUUUUUAUCUGGUGUAGCAACUUCAAUUAUGCGUAAGCCACACAACGAAAAAGGGGAGAAUGAAUUUGCCGAGAUGGAGUACAUGAACAUCACUGUAGUUACUUCAAAUGAGCCCUAUGGGAUAUCUGAUGGCUCCAAUCCAUUCUUUGAUGGGCAUAAAACACCUAAAUUUAACUUGAAAAAAGAUGGAGUUCAUGGUGGCCAUGUCCAGACUGGACUUCGUGAUCCAUUUUGCCUCGUGAAAAAGGGGAAGGGACGGUGCAAGGAUGGCUAUACAACAGAGGUAACUGGUCAAGGAGCAGUGCGUGUGCUUGUUGCUGUUAGAGCAAAACCUAAUCGUGACAGAAGCAGCCCUCUAAACAGAGAGUUCUUUAGAAGCUUUCUUGAUGUUCUAAACCAUCCUCAACACUCAGGAAGAUUCGACAUUACAACACAAUUUCCUCAUUACAAAGAAAUUCUUUACAAACCAGAUUUCAGGGGAAGGAGACUUGGCAAGAAUGUUGUGUUUGACAUGGACAUGAGUGCUGGAGACUUUCUAGCUCUUUUUUACCUCCUUAAAUUACCUGUGGAAACUAUCAAUCUUAAGGCUGUGCUGGUUACUCCAACUGGAUGGGCAAAUGCGGCAACGAUAGAUGCUGUCUAUGAUUUACUGCAUAUGAUGGGUCGUGAUGACAUUCCUGUUGGCCUUGGGGAUAUGUUUGCAUUGAACCAAUCUGUUCCAAAGUCUGCUGUGGGUGACUGCAAGUAUAACAAGGCUAUUCCUCAUGGUAGUGGUGGAUUUCUAGACUCAGAUACUCUCUAUGGAUUAGCUCGUGAUUUGCCACGAAGCCCUCGCAGGUAUACAGCAGAAAAUUCUGUCAAAUUCGGUGCUCCUCGAGACACUGGUCACCCUGAGCUCAGACAACCUCUUGCACUGGAGGUAUGGCAGUCACUAGUGAAAACUCUAGAUCCAGGGUCUAAGGUUACCAUUUUGACCAAUGGACCAUUGACUACUCUAGCACACAUUGUUGAUUUGGGCAAGAAUGUAACCUCUUUUAUUGAGGAUGUAUACAUUGUUGGAGGCCACAUCAAUUAUGAUAACUGUGAGAAAGGAAAUGUCAUCAAUGUCCCAUCCAAUGAAUACGCAGAACUGAAUAUGUAUCUUGAUCCAUUGGCUGCAAGGAGAGUUUUUGAUUCAGAACUUAAUAUCACCCUUAUUCCACUUGGAGUUCAGCGUAGAGUCAGUACGUUCCAGAAAGUUUUGCAAAGACUCUACCUCACCAAGAAGACCCCUGAGGCAUUGUUUGCCAGGAAUUUACUGUCUAAGUUACAUGAUUUGAAACAGGCACAUCCUAGAUACCAGCAUAUGGAAACAUUUCUGGGGGAAAUUCUUGGUGCAGUUGUUCUUGCGGGAGAUCAUUCAACGUUGGAAUCAACAUUCGAAGUGAAGACUGUCAAGGUCUCUGCAAAAGGCGUUGAAUCUGAAGAUGGACGAAUGAUAGUUAGUGAAAAACAAGGGAAAUUGGUUAAAGUACUAGCAGAUGUGAAUUCAAAGGCUUAUUAUAACCUUUUUGCGAAUCAACUUGGUGAUAAAAACCAGUCUGCUAUAGUUGGAAGCUUUGAUGAACAGAGAAAAUUGUGGAGUAAAUCACCAAUAUAGAACUAGGAAUGCCUUUGGAUAACUAGUUGACAGCAUAGAAAAGAAAGUUUUUUUUCUGGUGAAAAUUCUUUCUGGACACCAGAUAUUUCCUUUGAUACCUUUGAUUCUUGAAAUUCCAAUUACAGAUGACACAAAUCACAUAGAAGAGAAGCUGUGUCAGUUGCCUAUACCAACAAAACAAAGAAAAAGGAAGUCAAACCAAGAUAUUUUUCUUAUAGGAGCCCAUGAUUUUUGGUUCUUUUCAUUCGGUGCAGUUCCUCGUGCAAUUAAAUGAAAUGAUGAAAACAACCAAGCCUACAUAAUGAAUACUGUAAUCUGUUUAUUCUAGUUUGUAGGCUGAAAAGCUGUUCAGUUUCUUUUACCUGUUUAUAUUUUAGGCUGUGAAGAUAACUGCCAUGUUAUUUCAGAUGAACUAAGCACAAAAUAGAGUCAAUCUUCUAUUUUUCCUGAA